AUGGAUACUGAUACAUCGCAAUCAAAAUGCACAAAAUGGAGUCAUUUAAACAAAUAUUUUAAGGAAACAUUGCAUAGUGAUGGUAAUAAUAAUAUUACAUUUAAAUGUUUGCUAUGUAUCCCUAAAGAAAAACUCAUCUCUACUUCGACUUCCUCCAAUUCAAAUUUAAGGAGCCAUAUUAAACAUAUUCAUCCUAGUCAAUUAUCAGAGUUUAAUAAGUGUGGAAAAAAAAGGAAUAAUAUUGAUGAUAACCCUGCUGCAUAUAAACAGUUAAAGCUAGAUGAAGUUGGAAAAAUCUCAAAAAAAUUGAACCAAACCGAAUUUGACAAGGCUAAUAUUGAACUUAUUGUGAGCACAGUAUCACCUUUUUCAUUAAUUGAACAUCCGGGAUUCAUUAAAUAUUGUAAGCUGACAUCCAACAGAGUUCCAGCAUCUAGAAGAAAUUUUAUGCGAGAUAUAGUAUCUGAGUAUAAUGAUAUGACUGCAUCGUUAAAAGAUGAAUUAUCUCAAGUUAAUUUUGUAUGUAUCACUGCAGAUUGCUGGUCUGUAUUUCACCGGUCUUACAUGGGGUUCACAGUACACUGGUUAAAUAAAACCACAUUAGAGCGUACAUCAAAAGGACUUGCUUGUAGGAGAAUGUAUGGAAAACAUACAUAUGACAAUAUAGCUGAAAUGAUUGACAAAGUAUUAUCGGAAUUUAAUAUUCAGAAUAAGACAUCUCUCAUUGUAACUGAUAACGCGGCAAACUUUGUGAAAGCUUUCAGAGUCUACAAUGAAAAUGCCACUAUACAACCUUCCACUGCCAAAGAAGAAGAAGAAGAAGAAGUGAUGCGACCAAUUAAUAUUUCAGACGAGCUUGAAAAUGGAGUAGGUAAUUUGUUUAAUUUGACAUUACCUCAACAUCAAAGGUGUGCUGCGCAUACCUUGAAUUUGAUUGCUACUACUGACAUUGGAGAUGCUGAAAAAGAUAAAGCCUACAAAAUAUUGAGCAGACGCGUGUUUGGGAAAUGUCAAGCUUUAUUUAACAAGCAGAACCAAUCAACGCAAUAUGCUGAUCAAAUAAAAAAUGUUCUUGGCAGAUAUUUAAUUACUCCUAAUGCUACAAGGUGGAAUUCAUUUUAUGACGCUAUUAAAUGCAUUGUCAGUAAUUUGAAUAAAAUAGAUGAAGUAUUUUCUAUAAUGUCAUUGCCACCAUUUUCUAGACCACGUGAAACUUUAUUUCUAAUUGAGUAUUGCAAGGUUAUGCAGCCAAUCGCAAAAAGCUUAGACAUAUUACAAGGGGACAAACAUGUGUGUCUUGGAUAUUUACUUCCUACAUUAACUGCGAUUAAUAAAUCAUUAAAAAGUUUGUCAAGUUUAAACUACUGUACGCCAUUGGUAAAUGCUUUGCAAAAAGGAAUAGAAAAAAGGUUUCAAAGAUACAUGAGUUCUAGCACAUGUCAGAUAUCAUCUGCUUUAAUUCCUAAAUUUAAGUUGAACUGGGCCAGCUCAGAAGAAAAAAUAAGUAUUAAAGAAAAGUUGGUUGAAACUUUAAAAACUUGUGCUGAGGAUGCAGGCAGUACAUAUACUUCUUCACAACCUUUGGUUCAAAAUAAUUUGUCACAUCAAAAUGUGACAGAGGAUGAUGAUUUUUUGCUUUUUGAAGAUGACUUGCAAGAAUCCCAAAAUAAUUAUGAUUUACAAAAAAUAGUUUCUGAUUAUUUAUUGAACCAUAACAUAAAAGCUCCAGAAGAUUUGCCAAUAACAUUGAAAGAAGCCUAUAUUGAGUACAAUACUGCAGUACCAUCGUCAGCUCAUGUUGAACGUUUGUUUAGUGCAGGAGGACAGGUUUUUAGCAGAAGAAGGGGUUCCAUGUCUGAUACCAAUUUUGAAAUGGCUUUAUUGUUAAAGUUUAACAAAUAUUUUAUUCAAGAAUAA